AUGAAGGUGGUGGUGGUGAAAGUAAUCGUGUUUGAUGUUUCGAAGAGAGAGACGCAUCACCCGGGGAAUGGGUUCAAGAAGCUCGCGAGGCGGCUCAAAAGCGGGUACAAGCUUCAGAUUAACAAGGAUGAGCUCUCCGAGGAGUCGCUGAGAGGAGUGAACCUGAUCGUCUUCGGUUCUCCGAGAGAGAGGUUCCUGCAAGAAGAGUUCGAGGCCGUGAAGAGUUACCUGAGGUCCGGGGGCAGCGCGGUGUUUCUACUCGGGGAGGGGGGAGAGGAGCGGCUUGGCACAAACGUCAACUACCUGCUGGAGGAGUAUGGCAUGACUGUGCACAAGGACAGCGUGUUGUGGAAGAAACGGAGCAAGCCGGGCAGCAGCAGCGGCAGCGGGCAGCGCCUAGGGUCCGCCUCGUCCAACCACUCCGGAGGCGGCAGCCACGCAAGCAGCAUCUCCGCCGCCGCCAGCGGCGGCGGGGGAGUGGACGACGCGGGUGCCGUACCGUCGGGGGACGCGGGGCACGGCGGGCUCACGUUCGUAUAUCCCUACGGGGCCACCAUGACGGUGCAGUCGCCCGCGCACCCGGUGCUCUCCUCCGGGCCCAUAUCGUACCCUCUCAACCGGCCAGUUGCCGGCGUUUGGGAACGCCCCAUGGACGUCCCGCCCGGCAGGAAAGCGGGCGGCGACGGCGCGGGAGGAAGAAGAGGUCUGGGUGGCGGUAGCAUGGGAUCGUCGGGGGGGAGGGCGCCACGGCCAGAGGAUCACGAAAGCGAGGCGGCCCCGGCGUCCGAGCCUGCCGUACGCAAGGGCCCCGGGCGCCUCUUGGUGGUGGCGUCCAGCGACAUCUUCGCGGACCCCUGGCUGGACAAGGAGGAAAACGCUAAGCUGUGCGACGUUUUUAUGCGGUGGCUCCUCGGGGAGGUAGGCGUGAGGCUCCCCCGGCGCAGAGAGUACGGGGUGUCCGAGAGCCGAAGGGUGCCCAACACAGAGUCGCUGGCGGACAGACUUCGCUGCUGCCUGCAGGAGUCCGAGAGCCUGCCGAAGAACUUCACCAAGCUCUUCAACGACUCCCUCUUCGGCUUCGACACGAAGAUGAUCCCGGAGACCGUGGAGGCGUUCUCGCUCCUCGGAGUGAAGCACGAACCCCUGACGCUCAUUCCCCCGGCGUUCGAGUGCCCCCUCCCCCAGCUGUCCGCCGCGGUCUUUCCCCCGAUCAUGAGGGAGCCGCCCCCGCCGGCGCUGGACAGAUUCGACCUGGACGAGCACUUCGCGAGCGACCGCAUACGCCUCGCUCAAAUAACGAAUAAGGAUAAGAGUACUCGCGGGGUCCCGGGAAACUUGAGAAAGCUGGCGGCUACGCUGAAUCGGGAUACUGCCGAGGUGGAGUCCGGCGGAACCUGUGUCGUUUCGCGCAUGUUGGACGCGUUCCUACUUGCGAUGCAUACCCGCCGCCGCACUCCCCGUCCUGGCCUGCGUCCGACUCAGUGCACGCCGAGCGACUUGGAGUACUACGUGCGGGAGUGCGGGGAGAUAAUGGGCGUGACGGGAGAGCUGUCCGAGGACUCGCCCGCUUCGAAUGGCCCGAUGGGCGUCCUAGACCACGUGUUCAAGAGGCUCAUCCGUUUCAAGAUGCUCAACCAGGAGGAGGGAGCGAUGGACGCCCUUCCCAGGGGUGUAGGCGAGUUCAGUGGCGUUUCGGGGAUGGGCGCCCAGAACGCCCCGGCGGGGGCUGGCGCUCCUCCAGCCAGCGCAACGUCGACGCCGUCCGAGCGAGGGUCGAUCUUGAGGGGGCAACCGCAGCGGCAGGAUUCCACCGGAAGCGGGAGCCUGCUGAGCGGCGGCGGCGGCAGCGGCAGCGGGAACGGUGGAUGGGGCGGUGCGGGCGGGGCAGGGUCUGAGUCGAAGCACGGUGGUGGAGAGCGAUUAUCGUCCAGCAGCAAAGGCGGGGCAGGGGGGUACCCGGCGAAGAGCGAAGGAGGUGGAACGUCUGACUACAAGCUACCCCCAGGAGGCAAGAACUUGAUUUCAUCGACAGCGGCGUAGUAGCAAGCGCGGGCGGGGUUAGAGGCUUCAGAGCGCGCGGUUGGCCCAGGGGAAGGGGGGUUGUCUUCCACCUCGUGUCUCCUCUUACGUGUACAUUUUGGCAUGUUCUCUGCCAGGUGUAUGCCAAUUGUCUUUUCAGUGGAUGUGGCGGCUGCGCAGGUGUGUUAUUAUCACCAAAGUCUCGCGUGUGCCUUUUCCCCUUUCUGGUAUCCGAGAGCUUAACGACUGCUGCAGCAACGGAUCCACAGGUCUCGAAGUCGGAUUUACUCCGAGAGACAAAUUGCCACCUGGUACGCGUGAGGUUUACAUGGAAGACCCCUGUCUGCUUCUGAGAUCACUGGGCACAAACCUCAGCACAAAACUGUUGUUCUUGGCAAACCGAAUCAACCAACCGCUUCAAUCCAUCUCCGGCAAAUCUCCGAUAAAUGUAGUAUCGGGUCCUUGCAAGCUCUGGUAUGUGAGGGAAACAUCCUCUCUAGUGGUGUCAAGGAUCCUGUGAGGUACGGCCACUAAUAACGGGAGGAAAACCCUUCGCAGAUGAGCACCCUUUUCACCUUUCCCGCUCCUCAAGAAUGCCUUUCCCCCGGUUCUAAUCCCGCGAACUCCGGCGCCACACCUUCUUCUCCGACCGCAGGAGGGUCCCCGCGUGGUAGUUGGGACGCCUCCGGUGGGGGUGGGGACGGGGAGGACGGAAACGCGCUCCGAGCUCGCGCGAGACGAGCGGAGUCAAAGACAGACGGCGGCGACGGCGGGGGCUUGCGGGUUGAAGGGGGGAGUGAGGUUAUGACAUUUGGCUGAAUCAACCACACGACGAUACGCUUGCGGAUGGAAUGGGGGAGUAAAUCUGUGAGUUUUGGCUGAACCAGACGACCGGCGGGGUGGUGAAGGACGGGGUUUCAGAGAAACGAGGGCUGAUCGCUAUUUGUGCGUUGCCAGAAGCGACGAGAAGAGCCUCUUCAGAUUUAGUGCAGUGGGGAGGCGUGGGGAGCUUGACCGCUUCUUUCGUGCCAGUUUGAGGCCGGCGUGCCCUCGGCAUUUGCCGGGUCGUUGCGCGCAAAGGUCACAACCAUGCCCCGGUCUCACUGCAUUCAUUCGUGGAACCCUUUCCACAAUUUGACUUCUCGCCAUGUUGACGGUAGCGUCUCUUUGGGUUGUUGAUGCCGGCCCUCGGGACCCGGGGAGGUAUUGAGGUUAGCGAGAUUCAUUUUGAAGCGAUUGAUGCAUCUGGACGGAAGGAGCGCACUCACCUGCCUUGACUCAUUCCUUGAAUACCUCGCUUGUAUUGGACACACCCGGAUGUUUGACAAGCGGUUUCAUCACGCUGCAGCCAAGGAGUUGACAGUCACGCUG